AUGUUGAAUGAAAAUGCCAAUUUUAAUUAUAAUCCAUAUAACUAUGGUCAAUUGAAUGCAUAUACUGUAUCAGGAUCUAAUCAAGUUGGUAAAGGAAAUAAAACCUCAUUUAUCAUUGCCGGUGCUCUUGCAACUAUUAUUCUUAUUGGUAUGGCUUUAGGAUUAGGUCUCGGUAUUGGCGCAGUAGGUCUUAUUACCAAUGCACAAUUAGUUAAUGUUACCAAUGUUACUAAUGCAACUACUGGACGUUAG